GUGUGACUUCACCACUUCCUCAUUCCCUACAAAAAUGGCUCUCUCACUUCUUUCUGUCUUCAUCUUUCUUCAAGUCUUCACAGAUGUUAUUCUUGCUGCUUCAAAUGAAGAAUCCAAGAUCUUUGUACCACCGUCUCCGUCGUACAAACCCUCACCGCGACUGGUUAAGCCACCCACACUGCCUACAACUCCGAUUAAACCGCCCACCCCAACACCCCCAGUCAAACCUCCAGCCACUCCGGUUACACCAACCAAACCACCGGUUAAGUCAUACCCACCUCAAGUUAAACCACCCACAUCACCACUUGUCAAACCACCCCCAAUACCACCGGUUCAACCACCCACGUACAAACCGCCAACGCCACUGGUUAAGCCACCCACGAUCCCACCUACAGCGCCAGCUAAACCAACACCGACAACCCCGGUUACGACACCACCAACGGUUAAACCACCUGUCAGCCCAAUCCCAUCACCUCCAGUCAGUGCACCACCUGUUAAACCACCGACACCUCCGGCCAAACCUCCGACACCACCCUCCGUUAGAACUCGUAUAGAUUGCGUGCCUUUAUGUGGAACACGAUGUGGCCAACACUCAAGGCAGAACGUAUGUAUGAGGGCGUGCGUCACGUGCUGCUACCGUUGCAAGUGCGUACCCCCUGGCACGUACGGUAAUAAAGAAAAGUGUGGAACUUGUUACGCCAACAUGAAGACACGUGACGGCAGACCCAAGUGUCCUUAAGCCUUUGAUGAACAAUGGCUAAUGUGAAAGGAUAUCAUUAAUCAAGGAUGAUUUAAGAGGGAAAGUGGUGCCUUCUUAUAAGCUUUUAGUGCGUUUUAUUUUGGUUUAGUAACUUCGAGCUGGAUGUGCGUUUACGGAUUGUAUAAGAAACCUUUUUCGUUGAAUUGAGGCUUUUCUGGAUUUUGUUCUGUUUUGUUUUGUUUUAAGAAAAAAUCGACCCCGACUUUAAAAAAGGCAAAUCUUUG